GAAGAAGUCUACCGAGCUGUGAUGAUCAUCCAGGCCAGCCGGGCGCGGCAGUGCGGCUUGUCACAAACAAGUAGUAGAAGAAGAAGAACACAACACAUGACCUAAGCUAGCGGUUCUCCGUUGCUCUGGGAUUGGGAUGAAUGUAGAGAAGGUGAAAGCUGCUAGGAUGUGAGGCCUGCCGAUGGACUGUCUGCAGAGAAGAGCUCGGAGGAUUCAAUGCGCAUCUGUUGACACGCGGCCUCAGCGAUGGCUGUCAACUCCCUGCUGAGAUGCUCCAUCAGGCUGCAGAGGAAGCGUGUGCUCACACAUUUAGCCCAGCAGAGAGCGCUGUCGGGGGCAGAAGCUGUCACUGCUCUCAGACCCUUUUACUUUGCAGUCCAUCCUGAUUUCUUUGGUCAAUACCCCAUAGAACGGGAAGUCAAUGAGAAUUCAUUGAAGAGGCUGAAUAGCUACCUGGACCACCUGCAGAAGCCUGGCUCACAAUCAGUCCGGCCCAUGACGCUCACCUUUUAUGUCAGGGACACAAAGGAGAGCAGCGAUGUGCAGCCGGACUUCAUCGCCUCAGGUUUCCGCUCGGUGAGCUUCACCCUGCACACGUACGAUAUCCUGAGCACGGUGGUGAACGUAUUGAAGUCCUGCAGCCUGCCCACUGAGCACAUGAAAGAUCUCAAAACAAGUGUAGAGACGUCUAAGAGCCCGCCGGAGGGGGGAGUGCCUUUCUACAGACCAAUCCGAUGGAAUAAGAGCUACUACAGCUUCACUGGAUUCAAAGACCCGGAGCAGGAGCUGCAGCAGGCCAGGAGGGUGGAACCCACUCUCAUCUUAUGGCUGAGAAAGAACGAGUCUGAGGCCAUGAAGAAGAGUACUGCUAGUCUUCCUCGGAGAGAAGAGCUGAACAGACUGAAGAAUGAACUUAGUCGCAAGUUUGAUUUGUCCGACAUCAGGUGGCAGCGCAGCUGGGGGGUCGCCCACAGGUGCUCUCAGCUUCAGAGUCUGAGCCGGCUGUCUCAGCAGGACCCCAGGGCCCUCAGAAACCUGCGAGGACACACGGUUGUGUUUGCUGACCAGUCGGGGAUGAACGCCUCUGGACACAUCAUGCUGGGGACCAUGGACGUCCAUCACCAGUGGACCAAACUGUUCCAGCAGCUGCCCAGCUACUGCAGCCUGCUGCAGCAGAGCGACUGGCUGAAGGAGAGGAUCAGCCUCCUCCUGGGGGGGACUCAGGUGGUCCACGAGGAGAGGCUGGGCCCCAUCCAGCCCAUCACCGAGCACUACAGCACCCUGAACACUUUCCACAAGAGCCUGAUGUCCCGCCGCCUCCGGCUGCACCCCCGCAGCAUGCAGGACCUCAGCAUGUUGUUGGAGAAUGACCGCACUAAUCCUAGUCUUCAUGAGAUGGGGUACUUCAUCAUCCCUACCACCUGCGACCCCCCCAAGCUGCAAGUGUACUUGCAGAGCCACGCCCCUGAGGCCAGGCAGCGCACCCAGCGCAGAAACCAACUGCAAGCAGAGGAGGAAGCUGCGGUGAAGCUCUGUCUCCAGAACCUGUCUCUGAGGAGUCUGUCCAAAGAGCCCAGCGUGAGCUCCAGCCAGAUGAUUCUGUGCUGCAGAAGGCUGGUGGAGCACCCCUCACCCCUCAUGCAGGGCCUCCACCUCUGCGUCUCUCAGUUCUACUCUGUCAUGCAGGACGGGGACCUGUGUGUACCCUGGGACUGGAAGAACUGAGACUCAGUCCAUGUUGGACAGGAGUUUUUGUUACAGCUGUAGAACAGUCCAACAUGAUCUUUGCUUAGAUGUCAGAUGCUGCUCCCUCUCUCUCUCUCCAUCUGGAAACCUUUAGGGUGCAGGCGAAUCCACGUAGAGGCCAGGGGUUCCCCACCUCAGGGUGAGGACCGCUCACCUCCAUCCGUCCAUCUUCUACCACUUAUCGGGGGAGGACUCAGUCCCAAACUUCUCUUCUCCUGGCCAUAUUAACCAGCUCUGACAGGGGGAUUCCAAGGCGCUCCCAGUCCAGCGAGGAUAUUUAAUCCCUCCAGCUGGUCCUGGGUCUGCCCCUUGGUCUCCUCCCAACUGGAUGGGCCUGGAACACCUCCGUAGGAAGGCGACCAGGUGCCCAAACCACCUCAUCUGGCUCCUUUCAAUGCAAACUAGCAGAGGCUCUACUCUCAAGUCCCUCCCCCUAACCCUCAGGGAGAUCAGCCUCCAGAAGAACCCAUCUCAGCUGCUUGUAUCAUCUUGUUUUUUCAUGCAUGUCUUCGGUUUUUCAGAUCUUCUUAAAUGUUUGCUUUCUUCUCGAAUACUGGAGAAUUGUACCUCUUCAGGAAUUAUAUUCAAAAUCUAAGAACCAAAUAGUGUUUGCCUAACCUUUAAGGUAUUGAGGCAUUCACUUCAGCAGUUGACAGUGAGUAUAUUUUAUUGUUGCGAUGCACUAACAAAUGAUGAUACUUUAUAAAGAACCUGUUUGUUCGGAGUUCUCCUGUUCUGACGCCCAAUAAACACUAAGUGAUAUUACUACAUGACGUUAUUUUCUGAACGUCCAUAAAGCCUGUGCACCUUUGAUUACCUCCACUGUGGACAGAAGUAUUGAGUCACACAUGUUGUACAGUAAAUAAAAUUUAUUUUCAAUGUUCAGACAACAAA